ACCUUUUAUACCUUUUUGAACUCUAAUCAUAACCUAACCAUUAAACUGGAGGGCAGUUGUAAAUUAAUAGCAAUGAUGUACAAGUCUCUAAACUGGUACUAAGCCUAAACCUAACAUUAGUCCUCAAACCUGAUUAGUUGUCAUAUUAUUACAUGACUAACAAGGACCUGGAGUUUUUGAUUUUCCACUAAUAUUAUUUAAAAAAUAUCUAUUGACCCAAGUUCUGGGAAAGUUUGGUAUGGGGAAAGUAAGUUACUUUUUGUUACAGGCUAUUAUAGUUGUCAAAGAAACUGAGGUGAAUUUGCUAAGGGUAGAUCAAACACAAGGUGUACAUAAUUUAAAAAGGGCGCAAUCAACUGUUACGUAAGGAAGUAAAUAUUCUUUCUUACUGACAUUCUUACAGCCACACACUUCUAUGGAAAGGAAUAUGAUUUAUGUAGUCUCUCUUUCACAAUAAAACUAUGUGUGACGCAGACAUUUAUCACGAUUGUAAAGGUGUAAAAAUAUACUGACAGAAGCUGUGCAUAAGUCACAGUGUCCAUGCGCAAAAUCUGCGAAAAGCACCAUCUUGUGGACAGUCAUGGUUUCACUGGUUGUAGUGGGUGUAUUUCUCCUCUGUGGAACCCUGUUUCAACCCCCCCAUGUGGCAGCAUUCAAACCUCUCUUUCAGGGCGGCUCCCUCACCCAUCGAGAAAUCACUCAGUUGGCCAUCCUCCGCAAGACAGCAGAAGUGUGUCGUGACAUAGCCAUUGCGCAGGGGCGCGACUUCACACUGCCUAUAAACAACGAACUGACUCCAUCUGCUGUCCAAAAAGCCUGCUCAACAUCUUCAUCUUCUGCCCUCGCUUCCCUUGGUUUUUAUUCAGCUAUAAGUGAAACUUAUCUAAGCAACGCAGCUGUAGAUUUAGUUUUCGUACUGAGUGAGGCACAUCACGUAGAUAAUGAGGCUUUCAGUGAGGGCCGGGAUCUCAUUACCCAAGGUCUGGCUGCAGUGAAGGCCAGCGUGCAGCAGGGGAGCUAUAUCUCUGCCCGUAUCACACUGGGGGCUCUUUGCCAUACUCUACAGGAUUUCUAUAGCCACAGUAACUGGGUGGAACUGGGAAGCACUGCUCCUUUUAGCACGCUGGUCAAACCUGGGCUUCUUCUCAACAAUAUAGCAGACCCCAGCACACCAACAUGCAAAAGCUGCAUUGGGCCAAACUGUGCUGAUAACAUUCUCCCAGAAAUACUGCUGCAAAAGAAAUUAACCUCAGGAUAUUUCAGUAUUUUCUCCUCCAAAAAACCUGCAGGCAAGUGUAGCCAUGGUGGCUCUGCAGACAGGACCAGUUCAAGAGAACCCACUGGAGGCAUCAAUAAGGAUGACAUCAGUUCAGAUCACGGCUUCCUUCACCACCGUGCUGCUGAAAUAGCCAUCAGUGCUACUGUGGAAGUGCUGCAAGACAUCCGACUGGCCAAAGGCGACCAAGCUUUUCUUCAAUUGGUGGGUCUCAGUCAGACCUCAGUUCUGGCUUUUGUGAUUGACACCACGGGCAGCAUGUCUGAAGAUAUUGAAGCGGCAAAGAGAGUGUCCUUCAGCAUCAUAGACAGCAAGAGAGGAACACCAGAAGAACCUUCAGAAUACAUUCUAGUCCCAUUUAAUGAUCCAGAUUUUGGACCUCUGACAAGGACCAACAAUGCUGAUAUUUUCAAAGAGAGAAUCAAUUCUCUUUCAGCAC